AUGGUGCACCUAAUCUUUGAGGGCUUGCCUGAGUGCGUGCGCUCUGGUUGGCCGUUCAUACUGCAUGUGGUCACUUCAACUGAUGGCGAGCAGCCUGAUCGUGCCUACGAGGGUUAUCUCAAGAUGGAGCUUGUGCUUGGCGGCGGCAGACUUCGUGGUGAGCUGACUGAGCUCGCUUCAGGUGGCCAGGCUGACUUCCUGAGUCUUUCCUAUGAAGGACAAGGCCCUUUCCGCCUUCGAGUUGCAGCUGAGACCGGGGAAGAAGUGACCAGUGAACCGGUUAUGGUGGAGCCUGCUGCUGCAAAACACAUCAGAAUGCAAGCCGCUGACACGAAAGUGGUGGCAACGGCCCCUCCUGGCUGGCCAAGGAGCCCACCGAAGACGAGCUGGCUGCACAGCGAGCGUUGGGAGGUCUUGCAUUGGAGGACUGCCUGUGUGAACUUGAAAAAAUCCUGGAGCAAGAAGGUUCGACUACCCUGGAAGCAGCGGAAGUGA